AUGACAGAUAAUUCGGAUGGUUCAUAUCCUUAUGAAGAAUGUGAUUCUUUUAAAAUGGAUCUUACAAGAAGAAUGUAUGGAGAUUAUGUCUGUUCAAAGUGUGGAAAAUUCUACAAAUCAUUAGGAACAUUGCAACGACAUUUAAAUUAUGAAUGUGGUUUGGCACCACGAUUCAAAUGUCCCUAUUUAAAUUACAUGCUGGAAUCUGCAAUUACGAAUAAAUAUUGUUGUUCAACUUGUGGAAAAACAUAUAAAUGGAGACAGGGUUUGAUAAGACAUCGAAAAUAUGAAUGCAAUGUUCCUCCAAUGUUUCAAUGUGUUUAUUGUCCACACAAAUCAAGACAUAAAGAUAAUUUGAUGAAACAUGUUUUUGCACGACAUGUUGAUCGUAAUCAUAAAUCCAAGAAUUCAAUUAUUGGCUAUCUACAACAAUUCAAAUGUAAAAAUGAAGGAAAACAGACUAUAAAAAAUGAUAAUUUUCCUAUGAAUAUUGGAACAAUUCGAGUCAAACCUGACAUAAAAUUAAAAGAAGGAAUAAAAAUCAGCAAUAUAACAUCUCUUAAAGAUAAUUCACGUGUGGAUGUUGGAAACAUAAUAUCACAAUCCGAUACUAAACUCUUAAGAUCAAGAAAAGUUGUCCCGGUGGAAUAUAAAGAUUUACAUUCAAAACCUAGUUCUAGUAAAAAAAAGAGUAAACCAGGCAGACCAAGAAGUUUCUUCUAUAGACGAAGUGUUGAUAAAGAUGAUGAGGACGAUGGUGAUGAAGAAGAAGAAGAACAUGUAGAAGAAGAGGAAGAAGAAUAUAAAGAAGACGAAGAAGAUGAAGAAGAUGACGAAGAAGAAUAUGCUCCACCAAUACCUAGAGGACGAAAAGGCAGAAGGAGAACUUUUAUCUAUAAACGAAAUAUUGACAAAGAAAAAACAUCACAAGAAAAAGUUGAAUUUUACACUCCACCUGAACGUAAAGGAGUAAGAAGGGGCAGACGAAGAACUUUUAUUUAUAAACAAAUCGUUGAUACUCCACCGGAUAAAAAAGAAGAAAGUUCACCUCAAAUUAGAACUGAAGAUAUAUCCAUACAUAAUCAAGCAGAAAAAACGGAGAAGCCAAGAAUAUUUGUCCAAAAACAAAACACUGAUACUCUUCCAAUACCAAAAACUGAAGUUAUUGAAGACGAGCACAGUGUUUGUGAGAUUUCUACUCCCUUCUGGGGCUAACUUCCAAGCAGUGGUUUUAAACAUAUUUUACGUUACAUUUUUUCUGUUUGCUUUCUCAUAGGAUUUAAACUGAUUUUUUACUUCAUAAAAUGAAUUUUUUUUAAAAUUUUACUAUAUUUUGACAUGGGAAACAAUUUGUAUAUGUACAAAAAAAAAUCAGUAGUCAGCCCGCACAAAAAUCUCAAUCUGAAAUAAUUUGAAUUCUGUAAGUACAAGUAUCCGUAUUUAGUGUGCAGAAGAUUGAAAUUAGUUCGGUAAAAAAAUAUCCAAAACGGGAUCCGAAAUAAUCCGAAAUUUUCAUAUACAUAAUUCGGAGUUUUUAUUUAUGUGCAACAUGCGAAAUAAUUUACAAACAACCUUGAAUUAUGCAGAUAAAAAAAACCGGUAUUACUUUGCAAUAAUUAAAUUGCAGAUUAAAUUUUUCUUCUUCUAGACUAUUGUGCAUUAAAUGCAAAUUUACAUUAUGUACAGAUUUCGGAUUAUUAAGGACUCCUUUCGGAUUCAGAUUUUUAACCGGGAAAAAUUCAUAUUAUUGUCAUAACUGAAUACGGAUUUCUUCCAUUUAGAUAUCGAAUUAUUUUGGGUUCUUAUUUUUGUGCUGAUUGACUGUUGAUCUUCUCUAUAUAAAUUCUAUAUAUUUUUAAAUUCAUUUCGGAUUA